AUGCCCACCCGACACAUUCUUACUAUUCUGAGUCCCGCUUGGGGCCAUGUGUUGCCUUACAUCCAUCUCGCGACCAAAUUGUUGGCCUCGGAUCCGGAGCUGGUAAUAACUAUUGUCGAGCACAACGUCCUUGUGGCAAAGAUGCUUAAAGAGUUCAGUCUAUGCUCGUAUGACACUAGCAGGUUGAAGAUCGAGGGUGUCGGGGACAAGGACCUCCCAUCCUCGCUGGCGACCGUUGAGCAGAGCAUGAAAGAGCUCACGGCUGGAUGGCUUGAUCUCCUCGCGAAGGCAGUCUCUGGUCAAACCACUUGGCCUAAGCCUCACACACUGCAUAUGGAUUUCAACGGAGGAGGCCUCGUCGUCAAGGAGUCGAUGUCUUUGUUGGGACCGGACGGAAAGAUUCUGCUCUGGUGCUCCACUGGCGUUGCGGCGUGCAUGAUUCACUUCAGCGAAUUCAACCACGCCAAGACCGCGCGCGAGAUAUACGCAGACGAAAAUAAACGAGCAGGAAGGUCACUGGACGACAUCAUUGGCGACGUCUGCUGCGCGAGCAACGGAAGCGACAAACUCGAUGGCCGAAUCCUCGAGAUUGCCGGAGGCAUCAAGAUAUAUGAUCACGAGCACAUGGCGCAGGGUGCUGGUUCAGCACGCGCCUGGGCGGCUCUUCUGACAGCCGGGCAAGAACUGGCUCAGCUGGCUGAUGGCUUCUUCUGUCCUACCAGUGGCUCUUUGGAGUCCGCUGCAGCCCCCCACGCUCGCGCGUAUUACAAGCAGCGCGGCAAGGAACUGUUCCUUGUUGGUCCUCAGAUGCGCGAUGAUGAGUGGGAGGCGCCGUCAGCAGGGCCGGGCCCCAGUGAUGAGAGAUUGAAAACGUUCCUGGGUGAGGCGCUCAAGAAUUAUGGGCCAAAAUCGGUCCUCUAUAUCUCUUUCGGGUGCGUGAAAGUGCUGCUCAUCUUAUUUCGGAAUUCUCAGAUCAGAUUCAGUUCGAUGUUCUUCCCCGUGGAGACACCUCACCUGGUUGAGGUGAUGAUUGAGGUUCUGCUGAGCCUCGAGAGUGUGGUCCCCUUCGUCUUUGUUGUGGCUGGAGUCAUGGCUUCCUUGCCGAAUACGACGGUCGAUCGCAUCCACGCCAGUGGCAGAGGAAUCGUAUGCACCGAUUGGGUAGAUCAGAAAGCUAUCCUGAAGAGUGGGACAGUCGGCUGGUUUCUCACUCAUGGCGGUUACAACUCGUUAAUCGAGGCCCUGAGUCAAGGCAUUCCACUUAUCUUCUGGCCAAUUGGAGCAGAACAAGCUCUUAACGCCGCGAUGUUUUCAACGGGCCCCCGGGCUAUCGGAAUCGAGCUUUUCCAGAUUCGAACCGGAACCCAACUGGGCCCUUCUCUCCGCCCGGAGGCACCGAAGAUCACAGGAACGGCCGAGGACGCAAAAACUGAGUUCGAGAACGCCUUCAAGGACAUCAAAGGAGCCCGUGGCAAAACUCUGAGAGAGAAUGCUAUUCAUAUUGGAAACCUCUGGCGGGAGGAGAGACUCGACGGGGAACCUGCGCAGGAAAUAGCCAGGCUAGCUAGAUUUUGA